AGGCACCGCGAUACAACCACGCCUAAAAUUAACUGUAACCGCUACAGCUCGAUAAAAAAGUUUGGAAGUUUAUAAGAAAGAUAUUCUGGAGUCAUCUUCAACUUUGAUUACAGGUGUGUACAGGUGAGACUUAACGAGAAUCUGUCAGGUAGAACGUCAGGUAACCUGUACAAGGCUGUGUUUGGAUUUAUAUACACGUCCUGGCUGCAACGAGAAGUAGAAAUCAACAUUCUCCUCAACUAUUGUGCUAUUAUUAAAAAAAGUACAUGUGACAGAACAUUUUACUCCAGUGGAAGCUCGAGGAGGGCAAGAAACUAAAAUAUUUUGGCUGUUAUCCUGAGAUCUUGCACACAUUUAGAGAAAUAAGAAACAAGCAGGAAAAUGCCAAAGUGUAUUUAUAGACAAACCUCCAUGUACUGAUCAGGCUGUGAAGUGUGUCAUUCAACAACAUCAUAAGUCCACCUUUUCGUACCUGUGUAUGUACCUGUAGACAGGUAAAAUUGGAUUAUAAGCAUCGUAUUCUCACUGUGAAACUUUCGGAUUUAUCCCGUGAUAUCAGGCUGUGCGAUUCCUGUACUGUUCAUUCUGUGAAACAAUGACAAUACAACAUUAACUGGGAUAUCAGUAACAACAUUUUUAUCACUCGUUUGGGAUUUAUUAAAUCCAUUUUACAGGUUUAUGACCUGGGAAGGGCAAGAUCUGUAACCAUAGCGACCACAGAAUUACAAAAUGGCCAAGGUUGGUUUUAUACGAGUGAAACUUCUAGAAGUGGAGAAGGGUGCCAAAAUGGAAUCCAAUGCAGGCGACCUGUUUGACCCUUAUGUGGCGAUCAACGUGAAGGAGUCAGUCAGCACGCCAGGUCGUGGAAUACAGCUUGUACAAAAGAAGAGGACAAUUUAUCCUGAGUGGAACACAUGCUUCGAUGCCCAUUUAUACGAUGGUCGUGUCAUCAACAUGAUUGUCAUGGAAAGACCCAAUCGGCUCCUAGCUGAAGUUACAGUCCCCUCAAAGGCUUUAGCUGAUAAAUGCAAUGAUGGAAACAUAGCCACAGUUUGGUUGGAAUUAAAGCCAUCAGGCCGACUACAAAUACAAGUGAGAUAUUUCUCCGAAAACGAAGAACAAGUUCCGGCUUUAGCGGAGCCGGAUAAGGUCAGCACAGGAGGCGCGAUCACACGUCGGCGUGGGGCCAUUAAGCAACAGAAAGUUCAUGAGGUCAAAGGGCAUCAGUUCAUUGCAAAAUUCUUCCGUCAACCCACCUACUGUUCGUUCUGUAACGAGUUCCUAUGGGGUUUGAACAAACAAGGAUAUCAGUGCAAAAUGUGUAAUUGUGCAGUCCACAAAAAAUGUCAUGACAAAAUUCUUGGACAGUGUCCAGGAAGUGCCAAGGACAGUCGGGAAACAAAGAUGAUGUCCGAGAGAUUCAAUAUCAACGUACCACACAAGUUCAAGGUCAAUAACUACAUGUCCCCUACUUUCUGUGAUCACUGCGGAACUCUUCUGUACGGACUAUUCCGACAAGGUCUCAAAUGUCAAGUUUGUGGGGUCAACUGUCACAAGAAGUGUGAGAAAUUCAUGCCAAAUUUAUGUGGUAUCAAUCAAAAACUACUGGCAGAAGCUCUGGGAGAAGUGAGGAAAACACCAGGUGCCGUAAAAUUACCCAAUAGCAACUCUACUACAAAUGUACCUAAAUCUGCGAAAGGGACAAACAGAGACAAAAAAAAGUUAAUUCAAGAAGACAGCUCCGAUGAAGAUAGUCCCAGCUAUGAGAAAAUAUGGGACAAGAGUGGGGGGCCACCAUUGGACCCGCCCCCCAGGGCUGGCACCCCCAAGAGAAAGUUCACCCCAGGAGAAUUCACUUUCCUCAAAGUUCUUGGCAAAGGCAGUUUUGGAAAGGUGAUGUUAGCCGAGCUGAAAGGCCAGAAGAAAUACUUCGCAAUCAAGGUUCUAAAGAAGGACGUGGUUUUGGAGGAUGAUGACGUGGAAUGUACCCUGAUAGAGAAAAGAGUCCUGGCUCUUGGUUGUAAUCACCCCUACCUCACCCAUCUACAUAGCACCUUCCAAACGGCAAGCCAUCUGUUUUUUGUGAUGGAGUACCUAAAUGGCGGAGACUUGAUGUUCCAUAUACAAGUGUCCGGAAAGUUUGAUAUCCCUAGAGCUCAAUUUUAUGCAGCAGAAAUUGUGAGCGGACUUCAAUAUUUGCAUUCACAGGGCAUAGUGUACAGAGAUUUGAAACUAGAUAAUGUUAUGUUAGAUCGCGAUGGCCACAUCAAAAUUGCUGACUUUGGUAUGUGUAAAGAGGCCAUCUUCAACGAUAACAAGGCCACAACCUUCUGCGGUACACCAGAUUACAUCGCUCCUGAGAUUCUGAAAGGGUGGCGUUACAACUCAUCAGUUGAUUGGUGGUCCUUCGGAGUUCUGCUGUACGAGAUGAUGAUCGGACAGUCUCCCUUCCAUGGCGACGAUGAAGAUGAUCUCUUCCACUCAAUUCUCCAUGAUACGCCACACUAUCCAAGAUGGCUGCCAAAGGAAGCAGCACAAAUCCUUAGUCUGCUGUUCAUCAGGCAACCUAAUGAGCGAAUGGGCAUGUCCGGUUGUACAUCUGGGCCAAUCAAAUCACAGCCAUUCUUCAGAAACAUCGAUUGGGAACGCAUGGAAGGCAGACAGGUGGAACCACCAUUCAAACCGAAGAUUAAAAGCGAUAGUGACUUCUCCAACUUUGACUCGGACUUUACCACCGAGAAGCCGAAUCUGACUCCGCCGGACAAGGAUCUGCUUAAGACAAUGGACCAACGUGUGUUUAACGGUUUUAGCUUUACAAGCAAUGCAGCAUUGUGAGGAUGUUAGCCUUUAGGAUAUGUUAUCAAUAAUAGAUCGGAAUUAAUCACGGACAUUUAAAUGUAUCACAGAAUUUCUGACGAGCUAAUGAUACAAUCUGAUUCUGUGGCAGCAGCUUGAAUGAUAAUCUUGAGAUUUUUGUGGGAGCUAGGAGCCAAGAUACGAGAUUUGUGGUGCAAUGUGGCUUGAUUUAAACUAUCUUCAUUUGUCGAUCCAGAAGGAUUUGAUCGAUGACCUAUGAGAACUGUAGCUUUAUGAAAAAAUUAGUAGAAUUUUUUCAGUUGUUUUGAGAUUUGAUGAAGGAUAACAAUAUCUGUUGUGCUGUGAUCCAUGGACGAGAUACCAUUGUUUGGUAUUAGUGAAGUUAACUUACUGCUGUAGGUGUGCAAACUGCAGCAAUUUGAAAUUGACCCAAGACCACGGGUUACUAAGAAAAUGUGUUGCCGGGCAACUUGAAAUAAACAUCUGUAAAUUUGACUUCUUCAACUUACGUAAUUUAAAACUGACCCAAGACCAUGGGUAACUAAGAAAAUGUGUUGCCGGGCAACUUGAAAUAAACAUCUGUAAAUGUGACAUCUGGAGACUCCAACUUAAGCAAUUUAUAAUUGACCCAAGAUUCUUAGUUGCUAAGAAAAUGUGUUGCCGGGCAACUUGAAAUAAACAUCUCUAAAUGUGACAACUUGGGACUCAAACUAGAGCAAUUUAAAAUUGACCUUAAAAAACACCUCAAGAUCCUUCAUUACUAGAAGAGGUGUUGCUCCCGGCAACAUGAAAUAAACAUCUCUAAACACCACACCUGGAGAUUCUUGCUGAAGAGAUGUGUCGCUAUGACAACUAAAAGGGAACCAGGCCUUGAGAAAAUUCAGUUGCCUGACAGUUAAAAGGACAGUGGUCGUCUAACUUUAUAACACAAGUAGAACUGUGUGGACAAAUAUAUAUAUACAUACAUGUAUACCUACGUAGGAUCCGAUCCCUUAGCUUGUGUUUGAACCAGGGCAAUGGAGGUCAGACAGAAAAUUCUUAACACCUGUCAGGUCUGCCUUUAGACAGUGAUGAGAACUCCCGACUGUGAAGCUUGUUUUUCGUAGAAUGUUGGCGGACAUGCAUAUAUAUGUUAGAACCAUUUAGCGACCAACAACCACAACAAUCAAUUUCUCCUCAUAUAUUACAACUCCUGUAUACCAACAGAUUUGUUUUGUUAUUGAAUAUAUAUAUAUAUAUAUAUGUAUAUUUUAGACUACAAUAACGUAAUGCAUUUCCUUGAUUUGUGUCAAGAGUUUUGCCAACCAAGACCCCUUGUUAUACGAUGUAAUAUGUGAUAUAACAAUUCCUACAAAUUGUGUAUACUUAAAUGGUAUAUAUAUACUCUCAGUUAAAUCAUAUUUUAAGCUAUUUGUUAUCAUUUUUGAAUUGAUCUUUAUUCUAGAUGUGUGAUGUGUGUAUGAGAGAUAUUUUUUAACUUUUUAUAAUGCGUGUUAAAAGUUCAUAUUGUUUUAUCUUACAUUUUAAUUUUUUUUUUUUAUAUAUAUAUAUACCGGUAUAUAUAUCAUAUUAACAAGAUCAUUGCUACCAAUUCAACAUAUGUAUGGAUGUUCAAUUUUUAUAUGUUCAUGGCUGAUCGUUAUUUAAAUUUUCACACUUCUUAAAACAUAUGCUUUUUCUCAAUUCCUGAAGCAUGAAUCUGAAAUUACCAAAAAUCAUUUAAACAAAUAUUUACUUAAUCAAAGCAUAAUGUUAAGAUAUAAAUGUAUUAAAAAGGAAGACAAAAUUGCCUACUCUACAAAUCCUAUAGCAUUAUGUUGGUGAACACCAAUUAUUUAUUUGUUACUUUGUAGAAAUUUUGACUUGAGGUAUAGCCCUGUAAGCUGAUUGGCUGGUCCAAUCUCUAUGCUGAUUGGCUGGUCAAAUCAUAUUACUGAUUGGCUGAUCCCACCUUUGUGCUGAUUGGUUCCUUCAAUUCUCUUGCUGAUUGUGAAUUGCUUCAUCAAAUCCUUUUUUUUGUGCUGCUUCGGCUUGCUUUAGAAAUAAUAUAUUACUGGGAAAGCACAGAAGUUUGACAUUUAAAGAAGUAGCUUAAAUUUGUGAUAUAUUUUAAAAAUGAAAAAAUGUUUUUUUUAUUCAUAACAAUUAAGAUUUUAAAAAUGUUUUGUCUUUGUUAUGUGGAAGAAAAAUUAUUACAAUAGUGACGUUUUAAUGAGAAAUAGACACAGACAGUGUAGACAAUUGGUAUUACUACUGACUACCAAGAACAUCCUAUAAUUUUUCAAUCUUUUUUGUUGUUAUGCUAGAGAAAGCCAUAUCCAUAGCGCUCCAUGUUUUUACUUUAAAUACACCUUAUAGUUGUUUUAUUUGAUUGACAGUUAUACUUUAAUGUUAAUUAAAUUUCUGUGAUGUACCUUUACAGUUGUAUCAGAGAUGACAUUUUGUACCUUUGUGCAAUAAUUAAUCAGUUCUCUUUAUGUUACCUGUAUUGUAUCGAAGGAAUUUCAUCACAUAAUGGUUUAUUAAGACAUCAAAAUCAUAAAGACUACCAUACUGUAUUCUAGAUCUAACAGGGUCAUUAUAUAUAGGCCAAGCUAAAUUUUAUUUGUUUCUUGUAACUUACUACCAGGGUCCUUUCUAGGCCAGACUAAGAUAACUGUUUCUUGUAACCUUGGUACCAUGACAACCAAUGCCAGGCCAAACGUGACAACCAAUGCCAGGUCAAACAAAGAUAAUUGUUUCUUGUAACCUACUACCAGGGUCCUUUCUAGGCCAGACUAAGAAAUUGUUUCUUGUAACCUUUGGUACAGUGACAACCAAUGCCAGGCCAAACAAAGAUAAUUGUUUCUUGUAACUUACUACCAGGGUCCUUUCUAGGUCGGACUAAGAUAAUUGUUUCAUGUAACCUGUACUUACAGUGGCAACCAAUUCAAGGCCAGACUAAGAUAAUUGCUCCUUGUUACCUAUAACUACCAGGUUCAGUUCUAGCUAUAUGCUAGGCUAAAUGUAAUUGUUUUCUGUAACAUGUGUAACAACUAGGAUCCAUUCUAGGCCAGAUAUAUGUUUUCCUGGUAACAGGUGCAAGAUUUGAUAAGUGGAUGUAAACAUAGGAUCAAUUCUGUCACUAUAAUUAUGGAAAAUGAUUAGAAAGGGCAUCACCUUUUUGGAAAGUGCAUAAAAUUGGUCACAAUACAUAAAUGUAUGUAGUUGUUCAUUACAAACUUUACUUACUUUGAAAGAUUUAUAUAAUAUAUAUGUAUAUUAUUGACACUUGUUGACAUGGAAUGAGGUGUAUACACUUUAGGUAUAAGAAAUCUAUUGGUUGGGCUGAUGGCCAAAAAGCAUAUACCUUUUUAUAUACCAUCAGGAAGUCAAAACAGCAGCCAGUUUCAUGAGUAGUAAAUGUGUUUCGAACUGUGCAAUGUGACCACCCAUAGAUUUUAAGGUAGAGAAAAAAAAACGGAAAUCGACCACCCAUAGAUUUUCAGGUAGAGAAUAAAUCAGUAGUUGAUCACCCAUAGAUUUUAAGGUAGAGAAAAAAAAACGGAAAUCAACCACCCAUAGAUUUUCAGGUCAAGAAUAAAUCAGUAGUUGAUCACCCAUAGAUUUUAAGGUAGAGAAAAAAAUCAGAAAUUGACUGCCCAUAGAUUUUCAAGUAGAGAAAAAAAUCGUAAAUCGACCACCCAUAGAUUUUCAGGUCAAGAAAAUAGUCGGUAGUUGAUCACCCAUUGAUUUAAAGGUAGAGAAAAAAAACAGAAAUUAACACCCAUAGAUAGAAAAAAUCAGAUUUGUUAAAAAAUAUACUUUGGUAUAAGAUAAAGUGUCAUUUUACACGAUAGUUUUAAUAUUGAUUAAGAGUUUAACAUUGUAGUUGAAGAUUGUCAGGGUUUUUUUAACAAUUGUUAAUUCUUCUAUUAACUUGGUAUGAAAUAGUCGUCAAAGACUUUGACAUACCUGAUAGUAAUACUUGUACAUAUUCCAUUUCUGCAUCCAAGCAAUGCACAUUGUAUACUUGUAAAUUAAUCAUGCUGCCCGCUCAACAUUGCAUAAAUUGUGCUCAUUUAAGAAAUCCAAACAUACAAAUGUACUGACAAGUACUACCAAUAUAUAUCCUUAAGUUCUACCUACAAUUUUUAUACGUCAAUCCAUUUAGUACAUAUUUGAGAUAUGUAUUCCUACACCUGAAUAAUGAGAUGCUUUAAUAUUAGAGAAUGAUUUGUUUUAUAUGUUGAAAACCUAUUGUAUAUAUGAAUAAAAAUGGAAGUCUAAUUGUUAUAUAAAUAACUAA